AGGCCGGGCUAAGCGGUUUGUUGUGAGUGACGCAACAAUAAGUGGAACGCUGAGCGGCUUCCUGAUUGGCUGCGACGCAAAGGCUGCCUCGGUUAAAAGAGCGGGGAGAGGAGGAGGAGGAGGCAAUGAUCAUUGGAGGGUCACUCACUAGAUCUCAGGAGAGAUGGCACCGUCUUCCUCCUCGCAGGAGCCCUGCACCUAUUUCCGACGCCCCCCGACCUACGUGAUGCUGCUGAUCACAGCCGGAAUGGGUUACUACGGCUGGGCUGUCUUUGCACCUGCCACAAUCCCCUACGACAAUCUGGGACCACUAGGCACUUUCACGAAAUAUCUGGUAGAAAAUCAUAACACUCCAUUUAAAAUAGGGUAUUUGAUCAGCUGGUUAAUUCACAUUGGGGAAGCACUUUAUUCUUUCAAGCUAUGCAAGGAAAAAGGCAUCUCAGGCCACAUAACUCAGCUUCUCUGGUUUCUUCAAACACUUGCAUUUGGAGGAUUUUCUCUGUACUAUUUGAAGAUUUACAAACCGUCAAGGAAAGCCAGUGAAAGAUUCAAUCAGAAGACAAAGUAGAAACAUAGUCUGGCAUUUAGAGGUCACAGCAAUGGAAGUUGGAAUACAGAGGGAGAAUCUCUCACCAGCAACUGGGACCCUGAGGUUGAGACUUCUAAGACUGAAUAGAGAGCAAAAAUUGGUGGCAAAGGGAGGAGCUGUAACGCAAGCGAUCAUCAGCAGAAGCAGGGUUAAACAAGAAACACAAGGCAUGUUUAUGAUCGGUGAAUCCUUAGACAAUGAAAUGUUAAGAACUUUAAUCCUUCAGGAUUUUAAGAAACUGGUUUGAAUGUCAUUUUUCCUGGUUCAGAACUUUUCCGAUAGUAAAAAACGUAGGUGUGGUUGGGGGCUGUAACAGAUUGGAAGAUGGCAACCUCCAUCCAGCAAGGAUGUUGUCACCAUUUCACUUUUAACUUUAAGUUUAUGCAUGGUGACUGGCCCUAAUAAUCCUCAUUCAUCACUGAAUGCAAGA